GCUCGCGUGUCCCAUUUAAAACCUCCGUCGCUUUGCCUCGACUCCAGUUGAGGGGAGGGGGUGCAUUCUUUUUUCUUCCCUCUCGCUCUUGUCCAAUCCCUGAAUCCGAGGCCGAGGCGUCGAAACCUAGGGGCGCGCGCCGGUGUAGUGGCCAUUCCAGCCAGAUCCAAUGGGCGCGGCGCCGUCGACGCCGAGGCUGGGCGCCGGGGGCGCAGCGGCGUCGCCGGGGGCGGCGGAGCAGAUGUUCGCGGCGCUGGUCGGCGGGAAGGCGUACCCGAUCUCCUCCGAGUUCUGGAGGCAGCUGCUCGAGCUGCCCCUCACGCAGCAGUGGCCGCGGGACCGCGUCCUGCAGGCGUGCCACGCGUUCGCCCAGAACAACUGCCAUACAAAGCAUCUCGCAAAGAUUUUAAUCCAUCUGGUUUGGUGCUUGCAAGAGUGCACGACAGAUUCUUCUGUAUCUAAUGCUGCUUAUAGGAAGGCUAUCAAUGCUGCAUAUAUAUCAUCCAUUUUUCUCAAGUUCAUUAUUGAAAACGCAAAGACCGAUAAUUGGCAAGAGCUAAGUCUUGACAUUGACAAGGAUGAGAAGGGGCUGGAAACUUUUCCUUCUGAACAAAGCGUGGAAUAUUUUCUGAUGAGAGGCAUUCUGAACUACAUUGGUAGCGUAGAUGUAAGUCCGGAGUCAUGCUACCUACACCAUGAGCUUCUAAACAUGAUGCUAGUACUCAUGUCAACUCAACUAUGUUCUGGACCAUCUCCUGAACCAAAAGACGUGCAUCCUUUUCUUGACGCGGCUAUGCUUCAGGACAGUUCCACAGUGUCCUCGGUAGUUCAAAAGUUGCUGCUAAAUUUUGUAAAACGACCACGGAUUCCUCUAAACGGUUCACACCCUGCCUUCUCUGAUGAUGGUGGACCUGGUGUUUUGCAGCGGGUUGGCUCAGCAGCUGCAAAUUUUGUACUACUGCCAUACUACACUUUCAACUACCUCGUGAGCUCAAAUGCUGAAGGUGCAUCAAGUCAAUUGGCAGAUAACAGUUUACUUGUUCUGCUUAUUCUGAUCCACUACCGGAAGUGCAUUAUGGUGAACGAAUCCAUUCCAAGCAGUAAUGUCUACACAAGUGAUUUAAAUACUAAUGUCAAGGAUGCACCGGCUUUUCAUGACAAUCCUUACUACAAGGCAUUAAACAAUGCCAAAGACAGUCAAUAUGAUCGUGCUGAUGUUGAAGGAAAUGCUCAAAAUGGGCUAGUUGUCAGGUUGUCUUUUGCAUCACUAUUUGAUGCUCUUGGCACAUGCUUAAAAGAUGAGAGCUCAGUUCUACUGCUCUAUUCUUUGGUCCAUGGGAACUGUGACUUUCAGGAGUAUGUUCUGGUUCGAACAGACUUGGAUACUUUGCUGAUGCCUAUCUUGGAAAUGCUCUACAAUGCAUCAAGAAAGACUUCCAAUCAGAUAUAUAUGCUUUUGAUAGUUCUUCUUAUACUCAGUCAAGAUUCAACCUUUAAUGCCAGUGUGCACAAAUUGGUGCUUCCGAGUGUCCCUUGGUACCAUGAGCGCCUCAUGCAUCAAACUUCUUUGGGAUCUUUGAUGGUUGUUAUACUAAUCCGGACCAUCAAAUACAACCUCUCUAAACUGCGAGAUGUCUACCUUCAUACAAAUUGCCUUGCAAUUCUAGCAAAUAUGGCCCCUCAUGUGCACAGGCUGAGUGCAUAUGCAUCUCAAAGGCUGGUUAGCCUCUUUGACAUGCUUUCUCGCAAGUAUACCAAAUUAGCUGAGUUAAAAAACGACAAGGUUAUCAAAGUUAUAUCUGAUCAGAUCGAAGCAGACAGCAUCUCAGACGAUACGUCCACAGAACUUCACAUCUACACCGACUUCUUAAGAAUUGUUCUAGAAAUCAUCAAUGCAAUUCUUACAUAUGCAUUGCCUAGAAAUCCUGAGGUUGUGUAUGCUAUCUUGCAUCGACAAGAGGUUUUUCAGCCAUUCAAAAACCAUCCCCGUUUCAAUGAAUUGCUUGAGAAUAUUUACACAGUAUUAGAUUUCUUCAAUAGUCGAAUGGACAUGCAGCAGUUAGAUGGAGAAUGGUCUGUAGAUAAGGUUCUUGAGGUUAUUAACAAAAACUGCCGUUCAUGGCGUGGAGAAGGAAUGAAGAUGUUUACCCAGUUACGGUUUACAUAUGAGCAAGAAAGUCACCCUGAGGAGUUCUUUAUCCCAUAUGCAUGGCGUGUUGCCCUAUCACGAGGAUUCUCUUUCAAUCCUGGUGCAAUAAAUCUAUUCCCUGUGGAGAUUCAUGUUGAUGAUGAACCAUCCGGUGAACAAAAGGUCUAAGAUUACGAGUGUUGAACUCUGACUACAGCAGGAUGACAUGUUCCAUCCAGAGAGGCAAAUAGAUAUUGUACAUAGGAGGCAUAUACCAGACGAUCGACAUGUAUUCUUAUUCGUUUGUGUAUAUUUUCGUUUCCUCAUAAUGUAAUACCAAAGGUCAGCGAGAGGGGAGGGCGGUAUGUAGGGUACAACGAACAGUUCUUUCAUAAGUUAAUCUUUGUAUUCUUUUUAUUUUUGUUCUCCUUUAACUCAUAAGGCCAUUCUGGGUGUCUCAACCUGUCUACCAUAACGUCAGUCGAUUUUCCUGU